GUGUGACGCAAUGUCUUAGCGGCGAUAGAGUGUGCUUCCGUAAACAAACAAUAUGCGAUGUAGAUAUUAAUUAAUUAAUAGACACACUCUAAAGAUUGUAAACUAAUUAAACCCUUCAGAAGAUUUAUCAGUCGUUAAAUUUUGACGACUCUUAACGACUACAAGAAUCAAAACAGAUAGAUCAUUUUUAUGCAAAGUGGUAGUCGAGAUUAAAAAAACUGCAAUUUUUGACAGUAAUGCGUCGUAUAGGAUAAUAAAGGAAUAUAUUUUAAAAUCAGCAAGUGACUGUUCUGGUGUCUGCACCAGUUGUAACCCAAACAGGAAGUAAUAGAAUAAAACUGAUAAUGAUAAGCACACCAUCCUUCCUUUUCACGGAAAUUGUGCGCAAAGUUUUCCUAUUAUUUAUAUUUUAUUUAUAUGACAUGAAUCUUUACAGUCUUCUUUCUCUUAUUAACGCAGAUGAUUUUAGUUUUAAGUACUCUUGGUAAGGACGAUGAUUGAUAACCUUUAACCUUGCGUAAAUAUUUUGUGAGCGUCUCACAUAGCAGAGGGUCCCUUUUACCGCCAAUACAAAUGCCUGCCGCUCUCUCUUUCAACAGUUUGGCGUCUACGCCUUCCCUAGACAUGGACCCAGACUGUGACAGCCAACAAAGAAGGGGAUCCACGGGCACUCUUCUAUCGCCAGAGGUCGACGUAGGAAUAGAGACCGACGGAUUUUAUCUUUUAAAAAAAGACUCCCAGCGAAGGACAACGCUCGCAAAAGUCCUGGCGCAAGACGGCGCAAAGAUUUGCGAGCUUUGGAUACAGAAAAUUAGAACAAAGUAUUUAGGCGAAACAGUAUUAACGUUGCAGCAUUUAGCUAAGCUUAUGGGUGGCUUAAAAGAAUAUUUAACUGAACAGUCGUUAACAGUUAUUGAAACAACUGUGAGACACUUGAAGGAAGAGCUAGACUUUGACGCUACCGCAAUAAACCAACUGCAAUUUGCCAUAUAUCUAUAUCAAGAAUCUGUAAACGAGGUACUUCGACGUCACCCUAUUAAACCGCAUUGGAUGUUUGCUUUAGACAAUCUGGUGAGAUCUGGUGUUCAGGCAGCUAUUACAGUUUUAUCUCCGGAACUAGGCGAAAAUUUAGCAAAUCAUAGUUCUCCGAGUACGGUCAACUCUGCGAAAUCGAGCAAGAGUUCAGCUGGUUAUGACUACCGCGAUCAAGUGGUUCAAUUGCGUGCAGAAAAUACUCGUUUACUACAAGAAUUAAUAGACAGUCACAAACAGUAUCAGACGUUGGUAAAGCUAUCAAUUGACAAUAGCCAGCAACAGGCCCAAGCUCUCAGACAGAUUCUGUCAUGCCGUUGUCAACAAAGAGAUGACGUACAAAUCGACCAACGUUUACACCAAUGGUUGCAGGGACUCGAAUUAGACGACGUAGGACAAAAGUUAAUCAAUGAGGGUUUUACUUUAGAAGAAGUAUUGUACAUUAUUAGUAGAGAAGAUUUACAUAAGGUUGGCCUACGAGGAGGUCCUGAGCUUCGCAUUUGGCGAGCGAUCGUUCAUCAUCGGCAAACAUCACCGUCUUUAUGCAAUGGAGACAUUUCAGAAAUAUCUGGUACAGUUUAGUUUGCCUUUUAUUUUUGUUCAAGACUGUUUUUUUUUAUUUUAACGAAUAGGUUUUUGUUUUAAUUUAUAGAUUUUAUUUGCGAAACACCUCUAAUGUUCCAUAUUUUUAACAAUAAUGAUUAUUAUUGUUUUGUUACUAAGUGCCUUAAAAGUAAUUUUAUUUUUUUAAGUGUUGUUAAUUUAAUUGAAUUAUGUGUUUUAUUUGUAUAUAUGCUGGCAUAUUUUAUUAGUACUUGGAUACAUAGCAAAUUUUAU